AUGACUUCAUCAAGAUCGAAGAGCCAGAUCCUCGAUCUGAAGGCUGCCAACUACGAACAUGAUACCCAAAAAAGCGUCUUCUUCGUGAGCAAUGUGCACUGUGCGUCAUGUAUAGCAUAUGUCACCGAAGUGCUUUCUGAAAUCUCCACCGUCACUGAGAUCGAAGUCACGAUCUUGACCCAUGAAGUCCGUGCCAGUCACAGCGCUACAGUUCGACCGACCGUCCUAGUAAACGCAUUAAUCCACGCCGCAUUUGAAGUACAAUAUGUAACGACCUUCAACCAGCGAGGAGCGCUCGUCUCGGAACUCGAUACUUCCGCUUGGAAUUACCGCGGCUCAGCGUUGUUCUCCACACCACGCAACUCGGUUUCUAGUAUAUCAUCGAAUAUCAAAGAGCGAAUUCAGGCUAGCAGACAUAAACGACAUAUUGCCAAUUGUGAUGCCUGCAGAAAAGAAGAACAUGAGAACACUUCUCCUCAUUCUUCUCGAAUAGAGCUGCGAUCUUUGGCCGAGAAGUCUUCACACGCUGGCUAUCGUCGGACAAGCAAGGGCCACGAGCGCGAUAUCUCUACCACAAAGCUUAAGCCAACGCCAGAGAAUGCUGCACAGGAGACAGCUUCGGUUGUCUCCUGCGAAACACGAGUGGAACGUGGCGUGCUUUCUCCAGAACAGCCUAGUCCAAGCCCUCAACCGAUUGAUGAAUUCACGGUACGGAUCAGCAUUGGAGGAAUGAGUUGUGCAUCAUGCGCCAACAGCAUUACGACCGAAGUUCAACAACUCGACUUCGUGAAAGAGAUCACAGUGAACCUUCUCACCAAUAGCGCCACGUUGACUUAUACUGGACCCAGAGACAAUGUCCACAAGAUUAUCGAACAAAUCGAUGAAAUCGGAUUCGAAGCAUCACUCGACGAGGCGAAUCCGAUUCCUAAAGCCUCGACUCCUACAGAGUCCACCGAAAUCUAUACCAGCGAGAUUGCGAUCACUGGCAUGACGUGUGGCUCUUGUAGCGGGACAGUGACUCGCGGGCUCGAAGAGCUGCCGUUUAUUCGAGACGUCUCUGUCAACUUGCUUUCACAUAGUGGAAGGGUUGAGUUCGAAGGCCGGGACAAUCUUGAUAAAAUCAUAGAGAAGAUUGAAGACCUAGGAAAAUCUCCAUUCCGCCCAGUCCAGGACAAUUUCUAUCCGAGUUGA